UUAAAAAUAAUCAGAACAAACCUGAAGCUCACAGUAACUCAAUACUCAUCUUCAACCAUAGGUUCAUCUUGACAAAACUUCCCCGGAAAACAGAGGAAAUCUCUUUUCUUUCUCCCAAGGAAAAUGGGUAGCAAGAUGUUGUUCAGUUUGACAAGCCCCCGUCUUUUCUCCGCCGUGUCUCGCAAAUCCACCGCUUCUCUCUCUUCUCCAUCUCCGAGGACUCAGUGGGCUCAGCUCAGGCCUGCAAGGUCGAUCUCCUUGAGAAAAAAAUUCUUCUUGUUGCCUGCAAAAGCCAGCACAGAGCAAUCAGGUCAAGCUGGAGGAGAAGACGUUGAUAGCAAUAUCAUGCCCUAUUGCAGCAUCAACAAGGCUGAAAAGAAAUCAAUUGGUGAAAUGGAACAAGAGUUUCUCCAAGCCUUGCAAUCUUUCUAUUAUGAUGGCAAGGCGACUAUGUCGAAUGAGGAGUUUGAUAACCUUAAAGAGGAGUUGAUGUGGGAAGGAAGCAGUGUUGUGAUGCUAAGUUCUGAUGAACAACGGUUCUUGGAAGCUUCAAUGGCUUAUGUUUCUGGUAAUCCAAUCCUCAAUGAUGAAGAAUUUGAUAAGCUGAAGCUGAAACUAAAGAUCGAUGGUAGCGAGAUUGUGUGUGAGGGUCCAAGAUGCAGUCUCCGUAGUAAAAAGGUGUAUAGUGAUCUUGCAGUAGACUAUUUCAAAAUGCUCUUGCUAAAUGUCCCAGCAACCGUUGUUGCUCUCGGACUGUUUUUCUUCCUGGACGACAUUACAGGUUUUGAGAUCACAUACAUCUUGGAGCUUUCAGAACCAUACAGUUUCAUAUUCACUUGGUUCGCUGCCGUUCCUUUGAUUGUAUAUCUGGCUCUAACAAUCACCAAACUGAUCAUCAAAGACUUCUUGAUCUUGAAGGGUCCUUGUCCGAAUUGUGGAACGGAGAAUACCUCCUUCUUUGGAACAAUUCUGUCAAUCUCCAGCGGUGGCAAAACCAACACUGUAAAAUGCACAAACUGUGGAACCGCGAUGGAGUAUGACUCGGGUUCUCGGUUGAUCACAUUGCCGGAAGGAAGCCAAGCUUGAACUCUGUGAGAUGAAGAUGGAAAAAAGAAGAAUGGGUUUUGUCAGAGGCAAAAUAUAGAUUUGAUGCUGUAUACUUAAAGAUCUUGCAUGUUCUUUCACAUGUUUUCUGAUAUAUACGUAAGUAUUGUGUAAGCAAUAAGGGAAAUAUUUUAUGAAUAUUUCUUCACCAUACCUUUCAUAGCUAAUAUGAUAGUUAAUUCAAACUGAUAUAAAGCCAUUACAAAACAAAAUUUUAGUUUGGUUUUA